CUAUCUGUCAAAUCAUAGCUUCUCAGAAGUAGUCUCCUACAUAACCUAAAAUAAUUGUAUGAGGGUCGUUUUCCGCGUGUUACUUUAAAAUUUAUUUCAAGAGUUGUGAAAUUAUUAAGUGUAUUUACAAUGGGGAAAGUAAGAUCAGCCCCCGGGGCUCCCCGGAAAGAAGGGUUCAACAAAUCUGGACACUCGAUGAAUCCCGAGAGGCCAAUAGAAGGUUUAAAAGGUGUUGGUAAACCUAGAACAAAAGGAACUAUCAAAAGACUGCAGAUGUACCGUAACUUUAAGGCUAAAAGAGAUAAAACAGGUAAAAUACUUACACCUGCUCCAUUUCAAGGCUGGCUCCCAUCAGGCACUCGCGCAAGGGUUGAACCAAAUCAAAAGUGGUUCGGUAAUUCGAGGGUCAUUUCACAAAACGCCUUACAAAAAUUUCAAGAUGAAUUUGGAGCAGCCAUCAAGAAUCCUUACCAGGUUGUAAUGAAGCCAACAAAUUUACCUAUUACUUUAUUAAAUGAAAAAGCUAAGCAUGCUCGUGUACAUCUGUUAGAUACAGAAGGGUUUGACAAAACAUUCGGCCCAAAGAAACAAAGAAAAAGAGUAAAUUUAAAAUUUAGCGAUCUUGAAACUUUAUCAAAAGUAGUUGAAGAAAAAACAGAAAAAUAUGAUGAAAACAAGGAUGUGGAUAGAGUACGUGAGGACAGUGGGAUUAAGGAAGGUCAAAGGGAGUGGAUAUUUGGAGCUGGAAUGAGUAAAAGAAUAUGGAAUGAGCUUUACAAAGUCAUUGAUUCUUCUGAUGUUUUAUUGCAAAUUCUCGACGCAAGAGAUCCUAUGGGUACGAGAAGUCCAUAUGUUGAAAAAUUCCUUAGAGAAGAAAAACCACAUAAACAUUUAAUAUUUAUCUUAAACAAAGUUGAUUUGGUUCCUAACUGGGUUACACAGAGAUGGGUUGCUAUAUUAAGUUCAGAAUAUCCCACUAUCGCAUUUCAUGCCUCUAUGAAUCACCCAUUUGGUAAAGGAUCUCUUAUCAAUUUGUUGCGACAGUUUGCCAAAUUACACAUAGACAAAAAACAAAUUAGUGUAGGUCUAAUUGGUUAUCCUAAUGUUGGUAAAUCUUCUGUAAUUAAUACAUUAAGAUCUAAAAAAGUCUGUAAAGUUGCUCCAAUCGCUGGCGAAACUAAAGUAUGGCAGUAUAUUACACUGAUGAGAAGAAUAUUUUUAAUUGAUUGUCCUGGAAUUGUGUAUCCUUCGGCUGAAACUGACACUGAAAAGGUUUUAAAAGGUGUUGUUAGAGUUGAACUGGUACAGAACCCUGAGGACUAUAUAGAAGAAGUUAUUAAAAGGGUUAGAAAGGAGUAUUUGAUAAAAACGUAUAAAGUCGAUGGGUGGACUUCAGCAACUGAGUUCUUAGAGAAAUUAGCAGCUCGUACUGGUAAAUUACUUAAAAAAGGAGAGCCCGAUAUCUCUCAAGUUGCUAAAAUGGUUCUUAAUGAUUGGCAGCGAGGUAAACUUCCAUUUUAUGUAGCACCUGAAGGUUUUGAAGUGCCUUUAGUGAAACAACCAGCUGUAGAAAGUAAGGAAACAGUAGCCAGUAAUGUUGAAGAAAAGAAGGAAGAAACUGAACAAGGAUCGAUAGUAACAAAAUCAGAUGAUGACAUAGAAAAGCCGGCUUUAACUGUAAAUAAAUUGGUAAUUGCUCAAGAUUUUGCAAAAAUACGAGUCUGUUUACAGUUUGACAAUGAAGAAGAUGUAAAGCCCCUUGAAGAGGUUGUUAUUCCAGAAGAGUUACAAGGUAUUGAUGAUCAAAAUGAUGAUAGUAAAACACAGAAUGGAGAUGAUGAUGAAAAUGAAGACAAAAGCAAAGAUGAAAAUGAAGACACAAAAAAUAAGGAUGAAAAUGAAGACAAACAUAAAGAUGAAAAUAAUGAUGAAGAUAAUGAGAGUGAUUCAGAUAUAAGUAACUUUUACAGUGGUGAUGAAAAUGUAUGUAGUGAUGUUGAAGAUUAUUUGACAAAUGAUGCAGAAACCAUUAAAGAAAAUAAGAAAAGAAAAAGGCUGGAAGUAGCAAGUGGUACAUUUACUGUGGAAGAAGUAAAAGAAAAGAAACAUAAAGGAGCUGUAAUACACAAAGCUAAACUAACUGCAAAACAAAGGAGAGCUUUAGAAAGAGCUCAAAAGCGUACGAAAACUGGAAGUAACUUCUACGAGGUGUCUAAUAUGUCAUCUGAAAGUGAAAGUGAUGAAGAUUAUGUACCAGGAGAGCCGGAGAAACUGUCAGAGGAGGAGUCGGCCGACGAAGAGACUGACUUACAGUUUGAAAAAGAAUUAGAACAUACAACUAACAAACGAAUAGCUACACAAUCUGGUAAAGGUAAAAAGAAACGAAAAACAAAGGAUGGUGUCAAAGAUGUUAUUAACGACACAAAAGAAGAACCUAAUGAAAAUCUAGUUCAAUCAAACCCCGAAGAAGAAAAGAAACGAGAAGAGGAUUUGUGGGCAAAGUUUCUAGAGGGGACAGAUACCAAACCUAAACCUGUUACAAAAGAACCAAUCACACAACCUCUUGACAAAGUUAAUGAAAUUAAAAAAAAGGACGAUGGUGAAAAUAUUAAACAAAAAUUUGAUGACAAAGAUACAGAAAAAAGAAUAUUUGAAUUUGCUGGAGAAACUAUUGUUGUUGAAAAUAAUACAAUUAAAGAAAAAAUUAAGACACCUGAAACAGCUGACACAGCAAAGAAAUUAGAAGGACCUUCACGAGGUCGUGGCGGAGGACUAUCUAACUUAUUGGGUCAGUUAAAUAAAAAGAACAAACUAUCGACGCUCGAGAAAUCUAAAUUAGAUUGGAAUACAUAUAAAAAAGAAGAAGGUAUUGAAGAAGAAAUUUUAAGCCACAAUAAAGGAAAAGCCGGGUAUUUGGAUCGACGAGAUUUUCUUGAAAGAACAGAUGUACGUCAAUACGAGAUUGAGCGGGAUUUGCGGAUGAGUAGACGAAGCAACCGAUAAUUAAAACAACGUGCGCUAUUAUAGUCUCAUUGUCUUGUAAGAUCUAAUUGUAGUACUCAAUAUCAUCAUAAUAAAACAUCCCACUGAAAUAAAA